AUGACUCUCUCCGUUGCCCCUUCAAAGAAGUGGUGGAAGGAUGCCGUGGUUUACCAGAUCUACCCUGCGAGCUUUCUGGACUCCGAUGGAGAUGGCUUGGGUGACCUCCAGGGAAUCAUAUCCAAGUUGGACUACAUACAAUCACUCGGCGUCAGUGCUAUAUGGCUGUCUCCUAUCUACAAAAGCCCGCAGAAUGAUAUGGGCUACGACGUGGCAGACUACCGGAAUAUUCAUCAGCCCUACGGCUCCAUGGAGGACAUGGAUCUGCUCAUUCACCAAUGCCACGAAAGGCAAAUCAAGGUGCUUUUGGACCUCGUUGUUAACCACACCAGCAACGAGCAUCCUUGGUUUCUUGAGUCUCGGAGCAGCCGAACGGCUACCAAGCGCGACUGGUACAUUUGGCGCGACCCCAAGUAUGGACUCGACGGGUCUCGUAAGCCGCCAAACAAUUGGGCGUCCAUCUUCGGUGGCAGUGCUUGGACCUGGGACGAGAUGACGGGCCAGUACUAUCUCUCGCUUUUCUUGCCUUCCCAGCCCCACCUGAACUGGGAGAAUGAAAGCAUGCGACAGGCGACACAUGCCGACAUGAUCUUCUGGCUCGACAAGGGUGUCGACGGUUUCAGGAUUGAUUCUAUGAAUCUCAUGUCCAAGCACUCGGACCUCCCGGACGCGCCGAUUGUCAAUCCCAACUCGGACUUCCAGCCUGGCGAUAAGUACUUCGCGAGCGGACCCCAGCUCAACAUGGUCUUUACGGGCGACAUUGUCGACAUGGAUUUCGGACCCGGCGGCAAGUACGAGCGCAAUGACUUCCAGGUGUCUCGACUCCGCGCCAUCACCAGCAAGUGGCAGAACGCCAUGCCCAAAUUUGGGGGCUGGAAUGCCGUCUAUCUCGACAACCACGACUCGGGCCGCUCGCUGUCGCGGUAUGCCUCGGACCUGCCGCAGCAUCGUGUCAACGCUGCCAAGAUGCUGGCGACGUACAUGGGAACAUUGAGUGGUACCCUGUUUCUGCUCCAGGGACAGGAAAUAGGCAUGACCAACAUCCCGGACACGUGGGGAGUUGAGGACUACAUUGACGUCGAGGGAAGCAACUACUACAACAGCGUCCUUGAAAGACGAGGGGAAGGUGCGGACAUGACCGAUUUGUUGAGGGAGAUGAGACUGAAGGCUCGAGACAACGGCCGCCUCCCAAUGCAGUGGAACAGCAACAAGAAUGCAGGUUUCACAGAGGGAGGCAAGCCCUGGAUGAGGGUCAAUGAUGACUACAAGGAGUGGAAUGUGGAAAAACAGGUAGGAGACAAAAACAGCGUUUUGGAAUACUGGAGAGAGGUUCUGGCCUUGCGAAAGAGCGAGAGUGAGGUGUUCACAUACGGUCACUACGAGGAGUUGGAUGUGGCGAGGACCGGGGAGAAUGUCUUUGCCUACACAAUGACGAGCUUCGAUGAGCAGAAGAAGGCUCUAGUCUUGCUGAACUUCUCCGAUAUGGACCAAAGGUUCGAUACAUGUGGAUUUGAGGGAUGGAGCACAUUGCUUGGAAGGAAGACAGAAGUCGGAGUCGGAGUUGGAAGAUCCAUCAAUGGCUAUGGUUGUUACGAGGUGCGUCCCCCACAACAACAACCUUCUCUCGAUCGCUGGAUAUUGGCACGACAUUGGGACGACAGGGAUAACCGCCACACCAAGAGUAUGACCUCUAGAUGCAGGGCCAAAACCGUUAAAGUGAAGCAAGCCUGCGAUAGCUGUCGUCUGCGUAAGAUCCGUUGUGAUGGCGCCUGGCCCUGCGCCAACUGCGCAGCCGCGGCCCUGUCAUGCACCUUUCUCGCUGUACACAAGAAAACAGGCCCCAAGGGUGGCCGUCGGCGGCCACGCUCGUUUGCAUCGCCUGUGUCAGAUUCCGUGCGAGCUGGACCGUCGAAUCUCCAUCACAUAGGCAGCUCUUUGCCAGGUUUCUCGUCGAUCCUUGCAAGCGUUUCUGUGCACAACGGUAUCGAAACGCCAGCCCCCGUCGGUACCUUUUCCCUCGAUCCUGUCCUCGACGAUGUCUUUGCUAAGGGCGAGUGUGGCUUCCAGCCGUCUCCGGCACUGACUACUGAAGUGGUAUCGCUAUGUUUGGAUGCCUUCUUCGAGCAUAAAUCUCCGAUUACACCCAUACUGGAUCAGAAGCAAAUGAAGGAUGCCCUUCUGUCCUACACAACAACACCCGAGCUGUACAGCCUGCUCGCAGCGUGUUGCUCCGUCAUGGUCUUGUCGCCCGGGCUACUUGGGCAAACGUCACCGCAUUUGUCUCAGCCAUUUCAUACUUUGUCUACGCCCUUGCCAUCACCUAUAUUAUCACCAACAGGAGCCAGCAACAGCCCUGUAGCAAUGCCUCCACCACGUCUCCUCAUCUCAGAGGUCAUCCGCGCUCGGUCUUUCUCCGGAUAUAUUGAGAAGCCAUCGUUAAACAGCGUGCAGACAUCCUUCUUUCUAUUCUCCGCCUAUUUCUGCCUGGGCGAGGACAAUUCGGCGUGGUUCUACCUCCGAGAAGCCAUCACGUUGCUUCAACUCUUGCGGUUUCACGAAGAAAGCACCUACGCUGUACUUUAUGCCACCAAUCCUCUGACAGCCACCUACGCUCGCCGCACUUUCUGGGUCCUGUUCGUCACGGAGAGGGCAUACGCCCUCCAGCGAAACAGGGUACUCACGCUACAAGCGAGCAUCGACCUACCAUCGGCCAAGUCGGACAGGGAUGCGCUGAUCCUCAUGGGGUUUGUCAACCUCAUAUCCCUGUUCCGCGACUUUGACGACGAGUUUGUCAACCUGUGGAACCAGCCAUUCGGCACCUCGCCCUCGGAGAAGCCGCUGGUCAAGCUGCAGAACAGGCUGGCGUACGCGCUGCCGACCGUGUCCGGGUGUACCAAGGGCCAGCUGGCCGACCUCUUGGUGUCGCGCGAGUGGCUCAAGACCAUUGUGUGGCAGCUGUGCGUCUCCAGGGCCAUGCUCUCGAGCUCGAGCAGCGAGGAGAGCAUGUCCUUCCGGUACCCCGUCGCCAUCGCCCGCGACAUCGUGCUCGUCUCGCGCCUCUUGCCCCCAGAGGCCUUCGCGGCCAACGGCAUGGGCAUCCUCGAGAAGAUCACCGACAUCGGGUGCUCGCUCUCCGACGUCUUGUCGCUGGAGCCGGGCUUCGCGGGCCCGUCGACGCUCGAGAUCGGGCCGCGGGAUUCCUUGGCCGAGCUCGUGCGCAUUGUCAGCUCUUUUGGCAGCGGAUACAAGAAGCUGCAGAUCCUGGCGAGCAAAGCGGCCGGUUGCCUACGGACGAGUAUUGAGAGGCCCUUAAACGAUGUGGCUGACGAAAUCGAUGAGACUGGGCAAAUCUACGGAUGCGAAUGA